GUUUGUGUAUCCUUCAGUCCGUUUCAGAAGCGGAGAGGAUUACCACCGAAAACGAGUGCGAUUGCGGAGCGAUUUUGUCGGAUUCGCAUCCCGACACCUUCCCUACAUUUUCGGACGACGUUUCCAGCGCUGAUCCUCGAUGAUUUUGCACGAUUCUCCAAUGGAUUACUAAUUAAGCGCAGGAACAUCGCGAUCUGUUGGGAUAUAUCAGCUGAAGAUCUGAAAGUGAGUUCACUCGAGAGGAUCACCGUCACCGUGGACGGAGAUGAAGACACUGGAGGAGCCCCCUUACCUGACCGUUGGCACUGACGUGAGCGCCAAAUACAGAGGGGCGUUCUGUGAGGCCAAGAUCAAGACCGCCAAGAGACUCGUCAAAGCAAAGGUCACCUUCAAACCUGACUCGUCCACUGCGGAGGUGCACGAUGAACACAUCAGAGGAGUGCUGAAGGUGGGCGCUGUGGUGGAAGCCAGGAACCAAGAUGGGAUCUAUCAGGAGGCCACCAUCAACAAACUCACUGACGCUAGUUUGUACACCGUCGUGUUUGAUGACGGUGAUGAGAAGACCCUCAGGCGCUCGUCUCUCUGCCUGAAAGGAGCGCGUCACUUCGCUGAGAGUGAGACGCUCGACAGGCUUCCUCUGACCAAUCCCGAACACUUCGGCACUCCUGUCAUCGGCAAAAAAGGAAACCGUGGAGGCCGACGCUCCAAUCCCAUUCAAGAAGAGGUGUCAUCUUCAUCAUCUAGUGAGGAAGAGGAGGGCGAUCAGCAACAAAACGAAGAGCUUUAUGGCAAAGUGGUGUGUGUGGACGGAGUCGUCACUAGUGACAAAAAGAAAACCACGUGGUAUCCUGCGCUGGUCAUCUCUCCAGACUGUCAUGAAGAUGUGACAUUGAAGAAAGACAACGUUUUUGUUCGCUCCUUCAAAGAUGGAAAAUUUUACACAGUUUUACGGAAAGACAUUCGAGAGCUGGAUGAAGAGAAAGCUCCUAAAGCGGACGCAGGACUCAAACCAGCGUUAGAUGCAGCGUGGGAUUUCCAGCGUAACGGCACUGUGCCCAACACGUGGAGGACGGAGGUGAAGGAUGAAAGCUCCAGCAGUGAGGAAGAUGAGGAGGAAGAGGAGGAGGAGCAAGAGGAAGAGGCCAGCAGCGAGGAGGAAGAGGAGGAAGUAGAGCCGUUCCCAGAAGAGAAGGACAACUUCCUGCAGCAGCUUUACAAAUUUAUGGAGGAUAGAGGAACUCCUAUCAAUAAGCGACCGGUGCUGGGCUACAGGAAUCUGAAUCUUUUCAAACUCUACAGGCUGGUGCAUAAGCUCGGAGGAUUUGACAACAUCGAGAGCGGAUCUGUCUGGAAGCAGGUGUAUCAGGAUCUGGGCAUCCCCGUGCUCAACUCCGCAGCCGGUUACAACGUCAAAUGUGCCUACAGAAAGUAUCUGUAUGGCUUUGAGGACUACUGCACCUCCACAGGAAUCAACUUCCGCAUGGAUCUGCCGUAUAAGACGGCUGAGAAAACGAGCUCGAAGAGCGAGGUGAACACGGAGGAAACGGCCAGCGGUGGAAACGCUGUCUCUUUAAGCACACCCAGCGCAGGAGAAGAACAGAAAGCCCUCAAAGAAGCAGAGACCUCCAGCACGCAGCAUGUGGUUAAGGAGGAGAACGCAGAAUCCACAGCGCCGUGUGAAGAUAAAGCGGACAUCAGCAGCGUAAAUGAGGAGGACGAUAACCACGCCGAUGAAGAGGAGAACGAUACGAAAGAGGAGGACAAAGAGUGCCCCCCGACAGCGCAGAGUCCCGUCACUGAGAGCGUGAAGGAGGAACCGUGUGAGGAACCCGACAACAAAGAUCUGUCAGGGGAUGUCAGCAGUCAGGAGUGGGAGGAAGGGGAGGAGUUUGAGUGUUAUCCUCCUGGGAUGAAGGUGCAGGUGAGGUAUGGGCGAGGCCGCAAUCAGAAGACGUACGAAGCCACUGUGAAAGAGUCAGACCUGGAGGGGGGAGAGGUGCUCUACCUGGUGCACUACUGUGGCUGGAACGUCAGGUAUGACGAGUGGGUCAAAGCCGAUAAGAUUGUCAGACCAGCCAAUAAGAACGUCCCUAAAAUAAAGCACCGCAAAAAAAUAAAGAAUAAAGCCGAACGAGAAAGAGACCGAAUAGAGAGACUGACAGACAGAGAGGAUCUUCCUUCAUCCAAAAAUCGCAUCAACCGAUUGUCCAAACCGAACUCCGGCAGUGAUGCUUUCUCCACGAUGGAGGAGUAUGGUGAUAAAGGAAGCCAGCAGACGCCCGUCAAGCCCAUUGAGAUCACAUCCAUUCUCAACGGCCUCCCAGGCUCUGAAAGCUCCUCAGACGACAGUGAGCGAGAAGACGACGGUGACGCUGAUCACGACGAAGAGGAUCAUCCAGGAGCUCGAGCGAGCCUUCGGAAAGCAGGUCUUCCAGAGCGCCCGCGUACACCACAGCACUGGGACAGCGGAAGCCCGUCUGAAGCCUUCAAAGCUCCCGCGGUCGCGGACGAGGAGCCGAGCGUCCAGGACGGCCCAGAAACGGGCAAGAGAAAGGGCCAAUUUGAGGUGGAGCUCGAAGGUUCUGGCGGCAGAAGAAAAAAGGCAGAAGGUCAAGGCGAACGCGCUUUGAAAAGCCCAGCGAAAGGCAAAACUAGAAGCAGCAGAGGAGGCGAUUGGCUGCCAAGUAGUUCACCCAAAAAGUUAGAAGAACGAGGCCCGGUGGAGGAUAGAGGCGCUCAAUCGUGUAGCAGCUCUGAGGACGAAGCAGAUCCUCCAACAGAACCACAAACCAAGGAAGAACCAAGAGGAAAUCCCAAAACCAAGGGCUCCCCUUCAAAGAAAUACAACGGAGUGAAGGAGAAGAAUAAAAGAGGGCGUUCGGGAUUCUGGGAGAUCCCGGAGAAAAGAGCCAAAAUAUCCACAGGGAUUGAAGAAAGGUCACCUGGCUGUCGUACCAAAGGCCAGAAGGACGUGUGGUCCAGUAUCCAAGUUCAAUGGCCCAAGAAGACCCUAAAGGAGCUGUUUUCAGACUCGGAUACCGAGGCGGCUAACUCGCCUCCGCCCGCCGUAACGGCUCCGGAUGAGCCCUGCGUCGAACCCGCCCGGGACGAGGAGAUCGCCGAGGACAAGCUGCAGGAGCAUCCGAGCAGCGGCACCAAUUCGGUCCUCAACACGCCUCCGACUACGCCGGAGUCGCCUGCUGUGGGCGAAGGACCCGCUGAGGUCCGAGCACCGUCGUCGCCCGCCGUGCCACCCGCCAGUCCUCCAGCUGUCUCUUCACCGACAGGAGCUCUGAUGGAGGAGCAGGCGGGGGGGCGCAGCGAGUCCGACAGCAGCACAGUGGAGGUGGAGAGCUUGGGUGGAGAAAUCCAGGAGAUUCCUCAAGAGGAGGGGGCAGGUUCCCCUUCCAAGGCCUUCGAUGGAAACCUGUCCUGCAACAGUAACAGCAACUGUAGCCUCACGCUAAGCAACUGCAGCCAGCAGGAGAGCGAGCAGAAGAAUAAAGCCGCAUCCAGUCAGAAGCGACACAAGGAGUCUCAAGGCGGCGGAGCAUCAAAGAAACACAAGCGCAGUCAUAAAAACCUGAGCUUACAUCCCAAGAAGAGCCGCAAACCAGCCCACAGCAGUGACAGUGAGGACCAGUGUAUGAGCGAGAGCACUGCCAAAUCCCCCUCAUCCAAGAGCAGCAGCGAGCUGAAGACAGCCAUCCCUCCCAAGUGCUCCGGCCGGACGCCCCCCUCAGGCCACAAGUACCACAAACACGGCGAGCCGGAGCACUCCCACGGCCGGAGCAAGUGGAGCUUCCAGAUGUCGGACCUGGAGAAGAUGAGCAGUCUAGAGCGGAUAGCUUUCCUUCAGGAAAAACUGCAGGACAUCAGGAAUCACUACCUCCUGCUCAAAUCUGAGGUGGCCUCCAUCGACAGGAGACGCAAGCGCAUGAAGAAGAAGGAGAGAGAGACAGGUGCAGCGGCGGCCUCGUCCUCGUCCUCGUCCUCGCCGUCCUCCAGCUCUCUGACGGCGGCUGUCAUGCUGACUCUGGCCGAGCCCACGGUGUCCGGCGCACCGCAGAGCUCGGGGCUGUCCGUGGAGUGCAGGUGACAGCAGCGGGACGCCGGCGGCGAGCAGCACAGAGCACUUAACCAGCACCCGGCCCGCCUCGGCCUGCCCCAGAGACACAGCGACGGCACGAAACCAUAGCCACCAGACAGCAACAAGCACUAUUUUAUAUCGACAACUGUUUCCUUGGCAAGCUAAUUGCACUCAAGUGCACUUUUUUUCUUGAGAGUUGUGGGUGGGUCGGGUUUGACAACAGGACAAAGACUAUUUCUGUUUGUUUGUUCGUUCGUCCGUUCCUUUUACAAACCAGUCCCUUCAUUUUUGACCAUUAUGAAUAUUUGAUUCUGUCUUUGAAUAUGAAUUCAUCUACAGUGAGUGAACUCUGUAAUUCACCCUCAGAUCCACCGGUAUGAAGUCGGUCCCGGGCCAGAGCUGUUUAUGAGGCGGCGGAGUUUAGAAACAUGGAAAUACACCGAUGGUCAGUCGACGCUCCAGUGCCUUACGGUUUGGGCACUCGUGAGGAAUGCUGGGAAACGCUCAGUGCUGGGUAACCUGUAAUCCAGGGGUAGAUGUGUGUGCUUCAUAACAGAGCCCAAACUCACAUGAAACAGAAUGUCUGGUUUUCUUUUUAAUCAAAACAGGAAUCAAGAGUCUGUCCAGGUCAUAUUUCACCCUAAAAUUAUAUAUAUGUAUUUAUAUAUAUAAAAAAAAAAAAAUUGCUCAAAGAAAACAAAGAUAUAAAGUAAAUUUACUGCAUUUUUUAAAUUGUGAUUUCCCCCCCGCCCCCCCCAAAUAUAUGUUAUUAUUUAUUAAAUAUAAUUUUUUUUUUAAUACUGUAUUACAGUAAUAAGAAUCACCACUGAUUCAUAAUUUCACAAUGAAUGCAAUUUGCAUUCAUUUCUAUAUAUAUAUAAAAUACUGUAUUACAGUAAUGAGAUUUAUGAUAAUCACUGAGAAUGGAAAUGAUUUAAGCAAUUUCACAACAAAAAAUAACAGGUUUCGUUAUGCUUUUUUCAUUGUGAAUUUUAAAAACACUGUAUUGGAGUAAUGAGAAUCACCACUGGCAAUAAUAAUUGUAAAUUUCACAGUGAAAAAAAAAUUAAUGCUCUAAAAAUAGGUCUCAUUUUUAAUUGUGAAAUGUUUCAUAUAUCUGCUUGUUUAUUAAAUAUAUAAUUAAAAUAUACUGUGUUACAGUAAUUUUACAAAAACAUUGAAAAUAAUUUGAAUUGUAUAUUUAAUAAAUAGUUGAAUACAAGUAAUUUCACAAAGAAAAUAAAUCUUAAAGGCCUUUAUAAUGAGUUUCAUUAUGCAAUUCUUUUAUACUUAUAUUUUUAACAUAAUUAUUUAAUAUAUAAUUUAAAAAAAAUACUGUUACAGUGACAAUUGAGAAUGAGAAUUAUAUAUUUAAUAAAUAAUAAUAUAUAAAUCAUGUCAUAAUGAAAAACAAAAUCUUAAUGGCCGUAAAAAUUGGUUUCAUUAUGAAAGAUUUUUUUGCAUAUUAUUGUUUAUUGAAUAGAUAAUAAAAAAUGGCAUAUUGCAGUAAUCAGAAUCACCGUUGAAAGUGAAUUGAGAAUUUAAUAAUUUAAACUAAAUUCAAUUGUGAAGUGAAUUUAUAUAUGUUUUAGGGUUAAAUUUGACUUGGAUGUGUUUUGGUUCAGAUCACGCCUUAUGAAUGUUAAAUCCUGAUUUGUCCAUUGCUUUAUUUUGAAUGAUUUCAGAAAGCCUUAUGAAAGAUAUGUUGAUCAGCCCUUCAUCUUCACCGUUCCCCACUCGAUCAUCUGCGUUUGUUCAUGUGUUUGUCUUGUCGACAAAUGGCUGAAGGAGGAGCGAGCGAGUCGGGCUAAGGGCUAUUUAGACGUUUGGAGAGAGUUUGCGUUCAGUAUCUCUGGAGGUGAAAUGUAUUAUGAUUGUUGACAAUUUGAGAAUUGAUGUCUUUUUCUGGCAGCCAGGAUUCUAAAUGUAUUUUACUACUGAAAUCUAUCCAGACCCUGUGGGGUUUUAAUGGUUAAUGUGGCAGUAUUCAGAAGUGCAAUGACAGAUUCAUCUGUGAUCGAGUGCAAUGACAGAUGCCGGUCUGUUCUGUACGUAGCCUUUGUGUGUUUAUGUCUUCCUUAUUUCCAUUUCCCACCUCUUUUCCCAUUGCCGUAAGUGUAGGAUGUGGAGUAGUAAAGCACUUCAUUGUCACUGUGGGAAACGGUCCGCUGGUUUGGUGGCUUGUGACAGCAGGGUGGACUGUGGGUUAAAGCAACAGUUCACCUAAAAAUGAAAAUGCUUUCAUGUUCUUCCAAAACCAGAUGAUGAUAUUUUCCUGUGAAACACAAAAGCAGAUGUUUGUUUUCCCUACAACAAUCAUUUCAGUCUGUUUCUCCAACAAAUCUGUGGAAGCUCGUUUCCACCACAGGAUAAAAAAAACAAGAGGUAACUGUGACUUUUAUCUCACCAUUCUGACUCUUUUUUUCACGAUUUUGAGGUUCUAUAGAUUUAGAGAGAUUCUCAGGGUUCUGAGAAAAAUACAUCAGAAUUGAGAUGCAAAUUUAGAAUUCUGGAAAAAAAAGUCAGAAUUGAAGAUUUAAACUGAAAAAAAAAACCCCGGCAGAAUUGUCAUAUGUUAAACUAAUAAGUCUGAGAAUGAAGUCAAAAUUGCAAAAUGUAAAUUUAGAAUUCGAGAAAAAUACAUCAGAAUUACAAGACAUAAACUUAGAAUUUUGAGGGAGGAACAACUCAAAAUUGCGAGAUGUAAACUCAGAAUUCUCAGAGAUGUAAGUGUAGAAUUCUGAGAAAAAUGACAGAAUUGUGACGUGAAACUCAAAUUCAAAAGUGCAAGAUCUAAACUCAGAAUUGUCAGACUUACGAAAUUUAAAUACAGAAUUUAAACAAGAAUGGCAUAAUUGCAAAAUGCAAACUCUGUUCUGAGGGGAAAAUAUUGCAAGAUGUAAAUGUAGAAUUCUGAGAAAAAUGACAGAAUUGUGAAAUGUAAACUCAGAAUUUGGAGAGAGAAAAAAAAUCUAAAUUGCAAGAUGCAAACUCAAUUCUUAGGGGGGAAAAUGUAAAAUUGUGAGAAGCUUGGAAUUUUGAGGGGGGGGGUAGUAAAAAUGUGAGAUGUAAACUCAGAAUUCUGAUCUUUUUUUAAAAACAACAGAAUCGUGACAAACUCAAUUGUGAAUUGUAAACGCCGAAUUCCAUGUAAAGUCAAAAUUUUGAGAUGCAAAUUUAGAAUUCUGAAAAAGUCAGAAUUGCAGAUUUAAACUGAAAUUCCAAGAAAAAAAAAAAAGGAAAAAAAACGGCAGAAUUGUGAGAUGUAAACUAAUAAAUCUGAGAAUAAAGUCAAAAUGUAAGUUUAGAAUUCGAGAAAAAUACAUCAGAAUUACAAGACAAACUUAGAAUAAUGAGGGAGGAACAACUCAAAAUUGUGAGAUGUAAACUCAGAAUUCUCAGCGGUGUAAACUCAGAAUUUUGAGAAAAAAAAUCUAAAUUGCAAGAUGCAAACUCAAUUCUUAGGAAAAAAGUAAAAUUGUGAGAAACUGAGGGGGAAAAAAGUCAAAAAUGUGAGAUGUAAAUGCAGAAUUCUGAGAAAAAUACAUCAGAUUUGCAACAUUUAAACUCAGAAUUCUGACUAACUAUGUUAAAAUUGUGACAAACUCAAUUGUGAGAUGCAAAUUUAGAAUUCUGAGGAAAACAAAGUCAGAAUUGCAAGAUGUAUACUCCGAAUUCUAAGAAAAACGGCAUAAUUUCAAGAUGCUGAAUUCUGAGGGGAAAAAGUCAAAAUUGUGAAAAACUAAAAAAAAUGGCAGAAUUGCUAGGUGUAAACUUGCAACUGCAAGAAAAAAAUACUUAUAGGGAGAUGUGAGAAAUGAGAAAAAUGGCAGAAUUGCGAGAUAAAACGUCGCAAUUACCUUUUUUAUUGUAUUAUUCAAGCUUCCGCAUCUAUCUUGAUUUUAUAAGACUUCAAAUAUAGCACAACAGCCACUUCCAGGAAAAAUAACAGCAUGGUGUGGAAUGACAUGAGGAUUUGGGGUGAAUUACUGCUUUAAAAGUAGAACUAGAGUCAAGUUACCACGAAACCAAGAGAAGCUACGAGAACCAAGGAACAUCAUCCUAUAUUUUGAUGUCGCUCUCUUUACUUUGAAAACGUCAGCGCUUUCUUCUCUAAACCUCGGUGGUUUCAUCCUGCGCGAUCUGACCAGGGAAAGGGUUACGAUGCGACGUAUGUACUGAAGAUCUCCAGAGUUUCCUUUGUAUAGACUCCCUCUUGUAUCAUAACCUGAAGGUCUGUAGCGUUUGGCACUUGUAUGUAAUAGUAUGCCUUUGUUAUACAUUUGUAUAUUGAGAAGUGUGUUUCGAGUCAAGCUAUUUAAUAUCUUGCACUGUUAAUACCAUGUACGUUUCUGUACAGUUUUACUGUUUUAACUGUAGUGUCUGUGUACAUUCGGAAGGUAGAAGCAUGUCCAUUUUCUUAUCCGUUCUUUUGUGUUUCGUUCUUGCAUAGAAGUUAGUUUUGAUUCAGUUUUUCAUACUUUUUCAUUCUCGUCUUUGUGCAUUUCUGUUCAACUGUGCUUGUACCAGGUUUUCUUUUUUUUUCUUUUUUUAUAAUGUGGUAUUUUCCAAUCUGUACAUGAACUGUAAAGUUUUAUGGAUCUUUACAAAAAUGUUCAGAGAUGUUUGUAAAGACGAGCAAAAGAGAGAGAGAGUGUCAAAGCUUAACGGGAAGUUCUAUCAUAUUUAUUAAGCUCAUCAGAAGAUGGACCGUGUGUAAUUUAUUGUACAAAUGUAAGCAGAAAAGCCUUUGAAAUAAAUGCCAUAGUUUGUGA